UUGAGGGAUUGCCUCCGACACAAGCUCCGAAUGCUUCUCUUUCUUCGAAAAAAAAAAAGAGCCAAACCCUAAAACUCUCCUCCAACUCUCACAAUCUCCAUCGCCAUUUUCAUCUCUCCUUAAUCUAAGCAUCUCUCCCGUCUCCCAAAUCCAUGGCAAUCGACGGCGUUUGCACACUCGAUGUCGCCGAUUUUCCGCCGCCUCCGGUGGUCGAGAAGCGUCGCCAGUCAUUCUCGCUGCUUUUGUCUUCUUUGAUGAUUGUUGGAUUCUCGAGGAAGAGUGGUUUGUAUCGGCAGCUUCCGCAUCAGCCUCUCGAACUCUCCGUCCUGAAAUUGGAUGGCUCUUGUUUUGAUAUUCGAGUUAAGAGAUCUGCUACUGUUGCUGAAUUAAAGGGGGCAGUGGAGGCAGUCUUCAGCGACAUGCCACAAGAUGGACCAGGAAAGAUUUCAUGGCUCCAUGUGUGGUGCCAUUUCUGCUUAUGCUAUGAUGGUCAGAAGUUGAUUGAUGAUACGGGCUACAUUGCAAAAUUAGGCAUCAAGGAUGGUGAUCAGCUUCAAUUUGUCCGGCAUGUCACAACUGGCUACAAUGUUAUAAGAAAGCAAUCAAAGAAAGGCCAGGUUUCCCCAAAACUGAACAAUAGGACAUCAUCUCUAUCAAGAAACUAUGAUCAGGACGAUAUAGAGAGUGGAAGGAUUCAACACCAUGGCAACAACCAACUCUUCAAACACCACGAGCCAAAGAUGGUGGUCUUUUUGGGAGGGUGGUUCUCCCACAUCAAGCUGGCAUCUGCAGGGAAAACGUGCAUCGAAAGCUUGGUUCGUUCGUCGGGAACUCGGCAUAGUCUGGUUCAUGGUUUUAAGAACUUAAUUCAACUAUGCCGCCAGAAACAAUAUUAUCAGAAAGUGAGUAAAAGGAAGAGAUCCAUCCUUGGUGUCUGAAUAGAUUAGGAAUGAUUGAAACAUACACACUCACACACACACAGGUCUACUAGAUUGUGUUAUAGUCUAAUCUCUGAAGUGUUUGUUCAUAUCCUUAGAGCAAUAAGCUGUUGUAGAUAUUUCAGCAUUCACAAAAAAUGGGUACCAGAAUUUGUGCAGUCGUCAGUCGGUGAUUAUUGUUUUCGUAGUCGAAGACAAUGAUAGAUAUGAAGAUUUGAACGUCUAACCUCAAGAGAAAGAAUAUAGGUCGAAUACCGUUGAGGUAAGCUCGUGUUAGUAGAUAGUCACGAGAUUAUAGAUCGAUAUAGGAGAAGCAUUGUAUCAAAUACUCUAGUUUUGUCUUUCUUCUUGUCAUCUUCAUUUUACUCUUUUGUUUGUAAUGUUCUAAAAUAUUGGUGAAUUGUAAGUAGCUUCGUUGCUGGUGUGGGUCCUUAA